CAAAACAUCCUUGAGUUCUCCUCAACUCCAUCUUCUUCCUCCACUGUUGCAGAUAUUUAGCCAUGCCUCCUCUUAUGAUUCUUGUACUUCUCUCUUCUCUCUGCCCUCUAACUCUGCCCUUUGCAGCCGCCGCCUCAGACACCACACAGUUCACCUACAAUGGCUUCCCCACCUCCACCACCGACAUAACCUUCGACGGCCUCGCACAUUUAUCACCCCACGCCGCCUUACUGCAGCUCACAAACGACACCACUUUCUCCACCGGCCAUGCCUUCUACACCCACCCCAUCAACUUCAACAACAUCUCCUCCUUCUCCACCACCUUCGUCUUCGCCAUGGUUCCUCUGUACGCCACCAAGGCCGGCCACGGCAUGGCGUUUGUCAUCUCUCCGACCACAAACCUCUCGGUGGUCGGAGCCGCCGGACAGUUCAUGGGCCUCAUGAACGACAGCAGCAAGGGGAGUUCCAGCAACCGGAUCUUCGCCGUUGAGUUCGACGCGAUUGAGACGCGCAAGUUUCACGACCUCACCGAUGAUCAUGUCGGAAUCGACAUAAACGACAUGGAGUCUAAGGUACAGAAACGAGUUGCUUAUGUGGACAAGAAAGGCAGGAUUCAAAACUUAACACUUCUAAGCGAGCAUCCAUUGCAGGCAUGGAUUGAUUACGACGGUUUUUCCAACCAGAUUAACGUUACUUUAGCUCCGUUCCGAGUCCCAAAACCUAGUACUCCUCUCUUGACUUUCUCGUUCGACAUUUCCUUAGUCUUAGCUAAAGAAUCCUACGUUGGAUUCUCCGCCGCCACAGGCCCAGAGUUGACCUCUGAUUUCUAUGUUGCCGGGUGGAGCUUCAAGAUGAAUGGAAGAGCCACAGAUCUAGAUCUCUCCAAGCUACCCAAGAUUCCUCAUCUGGGUCGAAAACAAACGCCAUUGUUUUACAAAACCGGUCUGCCAAUACUAUGUUUCAUGGCAUUAACAGUACUAGGUUUCGCUGCAGUUUAUGUUAUUGGGAGGAGGAAGAAAUUUGAAGAGGUUCUAGAAGAUUGGGAGCAGGAGUUUGGGCCUCACAGGUUUAAGUUCAAGGAUUUGUACAUGGCGACCAAAGGGUUCAGAGAGAGUGAAUUGUUGGGGAAAGGGGGGUUUGGGUCGGUGUACAAAGGUUUAUUACCUGCGAUAGGGGUUGAAGUUGCAGUGAAGAAAGUGUCCCAUGAUUCAAAGCAAGGGAUAAGGGAAUUUGUGGCGGAGGUGGUGAGUAUUGGGCGGUUGCGCCACCGGAAUUUGGUGAGAUUUCUGGGCUAUUGCCGCCGGAAAGGGGAGCUGUUCUUGGUGUAUGAGUACAUGCCCAAUGGAAGUCUAGACAGGUAUUUAUACAACCGACCAAACGACAACAUUCUAAGCUGGAGUCGCAGGUUUGCAGUGGUGAAAGGAGUGGCCUCUGGGCUGCUGUAUUUACAUGAAGGGUGGGAGCAAGUCGUGAUCCAUAGAGAUAUAAAAGCUAGCAAUAUUUUACUGGACAAUGAAUUUAAUGGAAAAAUUGGAGAUUUUGGAUUAGCGAGAUUGUAUGAUCAUGGAACAGACCCACACACGACGCAUAUCGUCGGAACAUUAGGUUAUCUUGCACCGGAGCAGACCAGAACCGGGAAGGCGACGACGAGCACCGACGUGUAUGCAUUCGGUGCGUUUUUGCUGGAGGUGGCGACCGGAAAACGGCCCAUACAACCUCAGAAAGAGUCCGAGGAUUUUGUGUUGGUGGAUUGGGUGUUUUCGUGUUGGGCGAAAGGGAAUGUUGUUGAAGCGAUGGAUCAAAAUUUGGGUAUGGGUUAUGCGAAAGGUGAAGCGGAGUUGGUUCUGAAGCUUGGGUUAUUGUGCUCUCACCCAGAUUCCGGCCGCCGGCCGACGAUCCGGCAAGUGGUUCAGUACUUGGACGGUGACGGGGAGUUGCCGGAGCUGUCAGCCAUGGGGAUUUCCAGUAGCCAUGACAUCAUGUAUUCUCGAGCCGAAGGAUUUGAUUCUUUUGUAUUGUCGCAUAAAUCUUCCAUGAAAAGUAGUGGGUUUUAUUCCGGCUCUACUUCCGUCGCCGAAUCUCUUCUCUCCGGUGGCCGGUAGCGGUGGUCCGGUGAUUGAUGCAGAACUGAAAACGAUGUAUCAUUGUACAUUAUGCAACACACUUUCCUAGCAAGUAGCAACAAUUAUUAGUACAUAGUGUUGAAUAGUCCAAACUUUGAUAUUUUA